UAAAAUCCCAACACUCUCUUCUUCCACAACCCUUCCCCCUCUCCUCUCUGCAAACCGAAAAGAAGAAAACAUGGAUGGUUCUGGAAAGUCCACCGUUAGUAAAACCAAACUACUGAAUCCAUGGAUGCUCCACUUCCAGAAACUCGCUCUCGAGCUCAAGUGCCCUCUCUGUUUGAGUUUGUUCAAGCGGCCGGUGUUACUUCCAUGCAAUCACUUGUUCUGCGAUUCCUGCUUGGCUGAUUGUAUAACGGCUGGUUCUGAAUGCGCUGUUUGUAAUGCAAAGUAUACUCAAACAGAUGUAAGGCACGUGCCUUUUGUGGAAAACGUGGUGGCUAUUUACAGAAGCUUGGAUGCCACCUUCUGUGCUAGUCUGUUUCAGCAACGCUCUACUGGUGACGCGGGGGUUUUGGAGCCGUGCCAAGAAUUACUCAAUUCAACUUCUAGUAGCAUGAAAGCUGCCAAGCUUCCUCGGAAUUUGCCUAAUUAUAGUGGGGUCGGGGCUGGCAAGAGUCAGAAAUCCAGGAUUCUGGUGCAUGAUAAAGCUGAGGAGCUUGAAUUGUCUUGUGGGAGAGGGAAGCUCGCUCCAAUGCAAUCUUCCCAUAUGGAACUUGUGGUUCGUGGAGAUUGUGCUGUUGUGGAGAUGGAUGUGAAUCAAGUGACACAAUCAGCACCGGAUAGCCCUCCUUUUUGUGAUACUAAAGGUUCAGAUAAUGACUGCAGUGAUCAAGAUAGUGGGCACCCAUUACCUUCUGAUAGAUUGGAAAAUUCUUCAUUAAAGAGGGCUAGUGCAGGAAAUGUAAAUCUGAAGGGAAGAAUGGGACAGUUAAGAUCUGAAAGUUCAGCCUCUGAAACAGAGGGUCUUGCAAGGGAUCUCAAGAGACAAAAAGUUCUGGACCUUAAAUCUGGAAAGGACCCUGGUGCAUCACUGCCCACAAGUGCUUCAAAUGACGUAUGUCCAACUGGAAGUAUCUGUUCAUUCUGCCAGUCCUCUAGAAUCUCAGAGGCUACUGGGCCAAUGCUGCAUUAUGCAAAUGGGAACUUAGUUACAGGAGAUGCAGCAAUGCAAUCAAAUGUCAUACCUGUGCAUAGAAGUUGCAUUGACUGGGCACCCCAGGUGUACUUUGUUGAUGAAGUAGUUAAAAAUUUGAAGGCAGAAGUGGCAAGGGGAGCAAAACUUAAAUGCAGUAAAUGUAAUCUAAAGGGAGCUGCUCUUGGCUGCUAUGUCAAAUCUUGUAGAAGGACUUAUCAUGUUCCUUGUGCAAUGGACAUCUCAACUUGCCGAUGGGAUAAUGAGGAUUUUCUCUUGCUCUGUCCUGUCCAUUCAAAUGUCAAAUUUCCAUGUGAGAAAACCAGAUCUAAGAAGCAGGCAAUUCAGAAGCACCCCACUCUGCCUCAUCUGCCAUCUCACCACUCAAAUCCUCUUGAAGCUUCACAGGAUGAUAGUAAAAAAUUGGUUUUUUGUGGGUCUGCUCUAUCAAAUGAAGACAAGGUACUUUUGAUCAAUUAUGCAAGCAAAAUUGGUGCUACUGUGACCAAGUUCUGGACAUCAAAUGUCACUCACGUAAUUGCAUCAACUGAUGGAAAUGGAGCAUGCUCUAGGACAUUAAAAGUUCUCAUGGCAAUUCUAAAUGGACGAUGGGUUCUAAAAGUGGAUUGGAUAAAAGUAUGCAUAGAAGAGAUAAAUCCUGUAGAGGAAGAACCAUUUGAAAUUAAUCUUGACAACCAAGGGUGUCAAGGUGGUCCAAAAUCUGGCAGACUUCGGGCAUUGGCCAAUGAGCCAAAGCUAUUCAGCGAUUUGAAGUUUUAUUUUUCUGGGGAUUAUGUGCCAGCUUAUAAGGAAGAUCUUGAAGAUUUAAUUGAAGUGGGGGGAGGUACUGUUUUGAGAAGCAAGGAAGAACUGGAAGCACAAAGACAUAAAUGUGAAGUGGAUUCUUCAAAGCUGCUGAUUGUUUACAACCUGGAUCCACCACAAGGAUGCAAGUUGGGGGAUGAAGUUUCAAUUCUUUGGCAAAGGCUAAACGAGGCAGAGGAUUUAGCUGCCAAUACUCUACAAGUCAUUGGUCACACGUGGAUUCUUGAAUCAAUUGCUGCAUGUAAACUGCAGCCUUUCGUAAACUAAAAUGCAUGGGGUAGCAGAUAUUUUGUCGAUCUCUUGAUAGGGCGUUCUUUCUGCAAAAGAAUUGAUCAAUUGUGUAUAGGAUUAGCUUGAGUUUAAUUUUUUGUCUUGCUCGGGGCUCGGGCUGUUAGUAUAUUUGGUUUAUAUAAAAGUUAUUUAAUGACUCGAUGUGGAAUGUAUUAUCUUGGUUGUUUUAAAUUAA